AUGCAGAUCUUCGUCAAGACGCCGACCGGCAAGUCCAUCACGCUUCGCAUCGCGGCCUCUGACUCGAUGAACUUCUUGAAGGCGCAGAUCGAGGACAAGGAGGGCAUCCCGCCCGACCAGCAGCGCCUGAUCUUUGCGGGCAAGCAGCUCGAGGACGGCCACACCCUGUCGGACUACAACAUCCAGGAGGAGUCGACCCUGCACCUUGUCCUCCACCUGCGCGGCGGCAUGAUGCACAUCACGAGCGGCCGCCUCGACUACGAGGACCUCGCGAAGGUCAGGUCAGCUCUGCUGCCGCCGAGGGCCGCCCCUCGCCGUCGGCCGCGCUGCCGCGCAGCGCGCCCUUGA